GCUCCCACAGAUCAGCACAUCAAGCAAGUUUGCAUGAGAGUGAUGCAAGAACAGCUCGCUCAGCUCGCCGCCAGCCUCAGCAGACCAGAGUCUGGGGUCGCAGGACUCCCUGGCCUCCCAGGUCCCCCGGGUCCUCAGGGCUCAACUGGAAACAACGGCUUCCCAGGCCACCCUGGGGGUCGAGGCCUGCCGGGACUCAAGGGGCCACCAGGCCUACUGGGACAGAAAGGACCCAAAGGUGAUACUGGAGACAGAGGAGACAGAGGCCCCACAGCUAUCGGGCCCAAGGGCAUCUCUGGAGUGCCUGGCCUUCCUGGGGACCAGGGCCGAGCAGCUUAUGGUACCCAUGGCCGUGACGGGUUGAGAGGGCCGCGUGGAGCUCCCGGCAUGACCGGCGUUCCAGGGCCUCCUGGUUCGACUGGGCUCAACGGAUACUGCGAGCCGUCCCAGUGUGUCCUCCAGGCCGUGGCGGCGCCGAUGUCGGCUAAGGACUCCGGCAUGAAAGGACCAGAUGGGAUUUGAGAUUCCGACUCCGCAGUCAGAACCCCAAACCCCAGAGCCCAGGUCAGGGAGACCUGAGAGACUUAGAGAGAAACACUUCCACUGAAGAGGACAUGCUAACACUUUACUUGAAGUAGCCACUGCGCUUUGGGAUCAUAAGAGCAAGGUGGCGUGUCACACUGGUAGAUGUGCCCAAAACAUUUGUUGUUGAGCAUUGGAAUCAUUUUGGGGGGGUUAAGUUUGACCAUCUUUGAAAUGGUAUGCAAUAUGAUGGCACGCUUGCUCUUAUGAUUGGGCCAAUGAGAAAGCCACUUCAAGUAAAUUGUUACAGAAAUAAAGCCUUGUGUUUUGACACGACAGUCAUUCUUCCUCCUUAAUAGUCAAUUAUGGGCUGAUGAAAUAAACGAUAUUUUUUGUUGUCCUCUUGGAUUUUGUGAGGUACCAUGUCCUCUCGGAUUUUGUGAAGUACAAUGUCAUAUCCAUCGAGUUCUAGUUUCACUCCUCUUGUUAUAAGAAAUAGAACAGCUCCGUCAGCCAUUCCUGUACACCCAGAUACCGAUUGAUUUUUUUUUAAGUUGCUUUUUUCAUGCCAAAUAUGAAAAUGAUGAAAUAUAGAAUAUGUCUUAAGUGUAUCUGUAAAUCUGUGUAUAUGUGUCAAUACUGAACCCAAAGCCUCUUGUGAAUUAUACUGUUGACAGAA